AUGCUUCUUGACCCCAAUGUCCUCAUGUCGGAGCGCCACAGAUACUGGAUCGACUUCAUGGACGCCGGCAUGGACGGUGGCAAGAAACAUCUAAAAUCAGCAAUGAAUUCAAAGAGUGUUGAGUUUGCCGCCUGGAAAACCUCACCCGUAGAGGUUCAGAAUUUUAUCAUGCAGCGAACGGAGCCCUUCUUCGCCCUGAUAGUCAAUCUGUUUGGUGAGUACUUUGUACCCUGCUACUUGUUC